GAUAUAGACACUUUUAUGGCUGAAUGCUCUGAAGAACUAUCAGAGGACACAGUCUGUGCUGCAUGGGAAGGAAGCCGGAGAGCUCAACAGAGAGAUGUGGCCUGGGUGGCAGCCCUCAACUUGUCACACCCUAGCCAAACCCAGUUCGAGGGUCUGCAGAUAGUCAGUCAUGAUGAGCUGGUGAGGGAACAAAGGAAAGACCCUGCCAUUGGGAAAGUUGUGGAGUUGAAACAACAAGACAAACCACUAACAGAGGAAGAAAGAAAUAAAGUUGAUGGACACACGAGGAGGCUGCUGCGAGAGUGGGGCAAAUUAUACCCGGAGAAUGAUCUGCUCUAUAGAAAGACUGCGAGUCGACAACAACUGGUUCUGCCCGCCACAUAUAAACAAACAGUUCUGACUCACCUCCACAACAACCUGAGUCAUGUUGGCGUUGAAAAAGUGCUGAGCUUGGCAAGGGAGCGAUUCUACUGGCCUUUCAUGAAAAGUGAUAUAGAGGACUACAUCACUAUGAAAUGCUCUUGCAUCAAACAGAAGAAACCAGUCAUAAAUAAAAGAGCCCCAAUGGGAAGUAUUACAUCGACUUCACCCCUCGAGCUGCUAUGCAUCGAUUUCCUUCACUUGGAACCCAGCAGGGGUGGGUACGAGUACAUCCUGGUUGUGAUUGACCACUUUACCAGGUUUGCCCAAGCCUAUCCCACCAAGAACAAGGCUGGUAAGACAGCAGCCGACCGGCUUUUCAAUGAUUUCAUCCCGAGACUUGGGUACCCUGCCAAACUCCAUCAUGACCAGGGUACGCAAUCUCUGUGA